UUAUAGAUUACUAGAAAACCUGAGCUGAAAGUCUCUACUGCAGUCCUACCUUCUGUUAGCUGUCAGCAGGGAAUAAGAGUAUUACCAGCUCAACCAGAGGUGAGAUCUUGGAGUAGAAGCAGAGGGGUGAGGCCAGGAGGGGUUCCAGAUGACACCAGUAACUCGACAAGAAGUUCUUGGCCUUUACCGCAAGAUAUUCCAAAUAGCCAAAAAAUGGCAAUCCGCAUCAGGACAGAUGGAAGAAACUAUUAAAGAGAAAGAAUACAUUAUAAGUGAAGCCAAAACAUUAUUCCGAAAAAACAGAAAUGUAACCGAUCCAAAGCUGAUUAAACAGUGUUUAGAAGAAUGUGAGGCAAGAAUAGAAAUUGGACUUCACUAUAACAUCCCCUACCCAAGACCUAUUCAUCUGCCUCCUAUGGGUCUUGCCUCUAAACAAGGCCGUGCAUUUCGACACCAGGAAAAGUUGAGGAAGCUUUCCAAGCCAAUAUACCUGAAAUCCCAUGAUGAUAUUUCAUAACCCAUCAUUUAAGCUGCUGUGAUGUAUUUGGACUGUAAUCCAGGCAACUUUUUUUUUUUGCACAACUGUGAAUGAAGCUGUUUUGGUCACAUGCUUACACAUUUCCUGAGGCCAGAAGGCUAACUGCAUAUGAUGGAUAAGGUUGGUCUAGUAUUUAUUACAAUUUAACCACUGACUCAUCAAUAAAAGUAAUAGUUUUCAAGGAGCGAGGUGUGAUAUGAAGAUUACUUUGACAUCAGGACAAAUGACAACAGUUUCUAAAACUCUGCUGAUCCAUAGCAGGGUUCUUUGGUGGUUAGACUGGAGAUUACAUAUGCUCAGUUGUGGUGCAAGGUAGUGCCUUAUAUAAGGGCCAGGAAAAAGCAAAAUGUCCAGGAGAAUCAAGCAGGCAUAGUUCCUCCAGAGCUUCCAAUUGUAAGUAAGAAUUUCUUUCCUUUGGAAAGGGUGUGGAUACUGAAAGGCAAAGUUUGAAUGCCAUUAAACAACUAAGAGUAAACCAUUCCAGCGUUGGGUUCCUCACGUUCUGAUGAAUGGACGGAGGGAAAGCUUUUUCCCUUUGGGGUAACAAUACAGCAGUAAGCUUAAGGUGCUUUGGGUGUCUUCAACAUGCAUUUUUUUACAUAGCUUUUCAACACAGUCAGCACCGUGGCUUUCUCAAUUUAUGGUCAGAACCCUGACUUCUCUAUAAAAAAGUAUCUAACAGCCACCUCUUCAGCCUCUUGAGUUCAGGGGAUAUUUCUGUUUCCUAGGCCUCCUGAGAAUGGAAGUGAAAUUAAAUUUUCUCCAUCACUGGUCACAAAUUGUUUUGGCUCCUUCUGAUUUCUCUGGCUUUACCAGGCUGUCUACAAAGUCUCUUCAGAAAAGUUAGUGGAGCCUUCUGUCCUUCAGUCUAGAAGUACCAAAGAGACCAAGUUGUGGACAAGGACCACACUAUCUGGAGAAAAUAAAGGCAACUUGGACUUUGCUCUCUUGGGAGGCCUACUAUGCAUUAGUCAGAACUGAUGUCAAUAGAUCCAUCUUUUAUCCACAGACAGAAAGGUCACUUAUUUGAUCAUACCUAUAAAUUCAUUUUCAAGAAUGUUAAUUCUUGAAAGAGAACCUUCACCUUUCACUCAUUUUUUUAAUCCUAUUAGCCAAAUGUUCUAACUUACAGGAACUCAUAAGAGGAAGAAUUUGGAACCUUUGCAUUGUCUUUUUGUCUUUUCAUAGUAUAAUUUUCUCUUUUAGCAGCCCAACAGUGUCAAGAUCAACAGGCACUUUCUGUUUCUGAAAUGGCUUUUUGUACAGAUAAGAGAAGAAAAAAGCUCCCAUCUCCUGAGAAAAACGUUCCAACUCUACUUGUCCUUCAGCAUCCCUAGCUGAAAAUCUCUCUCCGCCAUUUAUAAAGGAACAAGCCUCUGUUGCUCCCUAAUGUUUGUAUACUGCCUUUUUUUUUUUUUUUAUCCUCAGCAGUUUUGAGUGAUUAGUGAGGCUGGGCAUUUAUGGUCUGCAGUAAUUAUAGGUGGGGGGUUUUCUAUGCUUUGUUUAAUGCGAGUUUCUGACUGAGAAAUAGAAGCACUAAACCUGUAAAACUAAGAUUUCUAAUACUACUACUACAAGGAACUUCAUUUGUCCACAGAUUUUUCACAUUUUAAUCAUGGAAUUAAAGUUGGCCCAACUAACAGCUGAGUAGCCUUUUUUUUUUUCUCCUGUUAACUGUAUCUCAGCCAAUAAAGGUUGUCAAGUCUCAUGUCAA